AAAUAUUAUUUAUUAUUGCACAAUAUUUUUGACAAUGGCAUUCAUCUUUUAUUUUAGUGAAGUUGAGGAAUUUGACAGGGCGAUUGCAAAACGAAUGAGAAAAAAAAAACGCUUUUAUCCAAAGCGACUUAUAAAUUAGUUUUUUUUUUUAAUGCAAUAGGCCUUUAUCACAGUGCGUGUGACGUCACUUCCAAUGGCGAAUAGUAGCGAAAACCGUCUUCCGGUCUAGUCUGACUGUAGCAAUGGCGCGUAGGUUUUCAAUAUCACUGCGGGAUCUUCCCCAAAUCACCAACGUUUACACGAUUGUGGAAAAUCAUUCACGAACGAAAGUAUCCAAAUUUGAGAAGGGAUAUAAAUUCUUCUAUGAAAACUACAUAUUCAAUUAUGAAGUAUCUGAUGUUGUAGAUAGUGAGGUGGUUAUCAGGGCACAGUGUUACCGGUCCAUGAAGAAAAACGAAGAGCCACACUCUCUUCAGAUUUCAUUUAAAGUCGACGAGAAUCCUCCUGUCAUCAGCACUUUUUGCUGUUCCUGUGUGGCUGGGAAAGAGCUAUGCAACCAUUUAGUUGGCUUGCUGUUUCAGAGUGCACACUACAGCAUGAUGAAACUAAAGACGGUACCACCCACUAUACCCAGCACAAGCACUCUACAGACUUGGCACAGGCCCAGGACUCGGGGAAUCCAUCCUGAAGCAGUGGAUCGAUUACUUGUGAGGAAGCCAAAAACCUCUAGCAGAAGUGGUAUUAAGUCCACUCCUUACAGGGUCUACACAGGUCCCCUUCCCAAUAAUUUGCUGCUCUCUUCUGUGGAGUCUUUAAUAAGUGUCAGGCCUCAGCCACUGAUCUGCAAGGUUCUGCAUGGCUUGUCGGAGUUGAAUCUGAUGGAGUCUAAGUUUGGCCUAGUACCCAAAGGUUCUUUGCUGUCCUGUCAGUGCCCUGCUGAGUCAUCAAGGGAUGCUGUCAAACAUGCAGAAGCCCCUGCUUUCCCUACGCUUCCUCUGGAUGGGUAUACAUUUGAAGGAAGAUUUAAAUUUGUCCUGAAUUUCCAUGAUAUGUUGUUCUUAGAAAGCUUGGCAGUCACUCAAGAACUAAGCACAAUAAUUGAAAAAGACACACGGGACCAGUCAAAGUCUGCUCUAUGGAACCAAAUGCGUACACCACGCAUUACAUCCAGUAGAUUCCUUGAGGUGUGUCAUGUCAGAGGAGAGUCGACCAGCCGGGCACUAGCUGCCCGAAUCAUCAAAGGGGUUCGUCAGACUUCUGCAAUGAAUCGUGGACUGGAUCUUGAGCCUGAAGUGCUAUUUCAGUACUCUGGUAUGAUGAAUGUCAAUGUUUUACAGUGUGGGUUUGUUGUACAUCCUGAUGCGCCACACCUUGGCACAAGCCCUGAUGGCAGAGUCUACGACCCUACUGAGAACCCUCCCUUUGGACUUGCAGAGCCUUUAUCUGCCAUACAACAGUCUCCAGGCUCGAGCAGUUCCAAAAGUCCAGACUUUUUAUCUCCCUGUCUGAGAUGGAUCCAGUGAUAAGCUGUGAAACAAAGGUUAUGGCCCCACAUGGAGCAACACCAACCAAGCCUUUGAAGAUCGGGAAGCUGUGGAGACUUUGCUGCGAGGUACAGCGUCCCGCACAUCACCCUUGCCCCAGGCACCGGCAAGCGACCGAGACAUCCAGCUAGCGAGUCCCAUGUGCGAUGCAGUUUUUCGGACGGCGUGGGGAGUCAGACUACUCUACAAAAACACGGUCAGUCAUGUCCGACGAUUAUCAUGUGUAUUAAAUGCAACAUGUAUAGCUUAGCUCUUUCUGUCAGCAGUGAGCCUUACACAUGUGAUAAAUGCAGGGAUAUUGUCAGGCUGACAGAGA